GGCUCCGGGAGCCACAGAGCCCGCUCGGCCCGCGCCCGCUCCCGCUCCGCAGCGCCCGCACCGCCGCGCCGACUCUCCGAGCUGAGCCCCAUGGCCCGCGCCGCCGCCGCCCCCCGCGCCCUCCGGCUCCUCGGCGCCGCGCUGCUGCUGCUGCUGCUGCUCCCCGCCGGCCGCCGCGCCGCAGGGGCGCCCGUGGCCGCCGAGCUGCGCUGCCAGUGCCUGCAGACCGUGCAGGGGAUUCACCUCAAGAAUAUCCAGAACGUCGUGCUGACGCCCCCGGGACCCCACUGCGAGCAGACGGAAGUCAUAGCCACUCUCAAGAAUGGGCAGGAGGUUUGUCUCAACCCCGAAGCCCCCCUGGUCAAGAGACUCAUCAACAAGAUGCUGAACAACUCCAACCGACCAGAGGAAGGAGAAAGCUGAUUGGUGGCUAGACCCGGAUCAGGCCCCGCCCUAACAGGAAUCCAAGAGGGAAGGUGGAAUCAUCAGCUCCCAGUUACCAGCUCCACCUGAACUGGGCUUAAUAUGUUUGCGCAUCUCUAGGAGAGUUCUCCUAUUUAUUUAUUUAUUGGUUGGUUGGUUUAUAAAGAUUUCCAUGUUAAUAUUUUACACAUAAAAUAAUUAGGAUGUAAUUGAAUCUAUUUGUGUACUGUACCGCUAUUUUUAUCUAUUUUAUGUUAAACCCAAUUUAGCUCGACCUGGAUUCUUAUUUAAUUUGAGGGUAAAAGACUUGCAAAUAUUCUCCAAUCAUUAAAUUAAUACUUCUGGUGGGCCCACGGAAUGCCAGUCACUGUGACGGAGGCUGGGGAGAGAGGGGGAUCCGAGCAAAGAGACGGCGAGUUCAUUGUCAAUUUGGGGAAUAUAUGUGUACAUCUACUUUUGUAAUUGUUUAAAAGAAUGUCAGCUAUUUAUUGAAAUAAUUUCACAGUAUGUGGUCAACAUUUCUCAUGUUGAAGCUUUAGGAACUACAAUGUUCUAAAUAUCCUUUGGACAUUUUAUGUCUUUCUUGUAAGGCAUAAUGCCUUGUUUAGUCUUAAUUAUACAUUGUUUUUCUAUGUCUUCUAACAGAGAAGUUCAAAUAUUUAUUGCUGUUUUUGCAAAAGAACUUGAAAAUAAAGUAUCUCAAAGUAAAAAAAAAAAAAUGCUUGUUUCAUU